CUCGAGGUCACAACACUGUCCCGUUUGACCCCAAGGUUGAUCUUUGACUUGGCAUAGCUUGUUUAGCAAAGUUGGUCACCAAUCUGAGUUUGAGCUAACAACCUUGACGAAUUAAUAAACUCACAAAGAGGCCGUGCUCAGGAUGGACUUUCCUGCUCCAGAAAUGAGUCCACAAACGAACUUCAAUUAUGGAUUGGUGGCUUUGUUUAUUUUCGCAUUAUCAUAUUUUCUUUGGAAAUUCUUCCGUUCUUGGUCUGAAAACUCGUCAACUGUUAGUGAUUCACAUCGCUUAGCUAUGGAAGCUGCCAGAGCAAAAUUUCAAGCUGAAUUCAAUGCUGAGGUUGCUCAGUGCAAAUCUAAAAAUCAAGACGAGAAAGAAGGGAAAAGUAAUGUUCGUGAAAGUACUCAUUCUGGUGAGAAAAAGAAACGAUUCCGACUCAAUGAUUACAAUCCUUUAAUGGGUGAUACUGGGACAACUUACAGGCCAACUUCACGAUUUUGUUCAACUGGUGGAUGACGUUAAAUAUCUAUCCAACAAUAAGAACUCAAUAAGAUCAGAAAGCAACACUUACUGAGUUCAUCACAUACACACACACACAUACUAGCCUUAUUACAUUUUUACACAAAGAUAAAAGAACAAGGAAUUUUCUUCUCUUCUUUCUUUCCACUAUGAUGUUGUUAAUUCGAAAUUGGAACCACAUUCCAAGAUUAACAACUGAUGUCGUUUUUUUUU